AUGGUUGGGCGUACGUAUCUUGUUUAUCAAAUUUUUAACAGAGAACACCCCACUAGAUGUCCAUUUCCAAGAGCAGAAACUAGCGAGGAAGCUAACACAAAAUUAGAGUGGAGGACGUUUCAAGAAGACAAAGGGUUGCCUAUAAGUCGUAUCAAAACAGAAUAUUUGAGAUACAAUUUCAGUGAGAUAGACCAUGAAAGAGUCCCCGAGGUUACCAUUGGUCAAGAUGUAAUCGCUUGUAUGACCAAGUUUAAAUAUUUAGGAUCUGUGAUACAGAGUAAUGAGGAGAUCAAAGACGAUGUAACACAUCAGAUUCAAGCAGGGUGGCUUAAGUGGCGAGCGACUACCAUGAUCUUAUGUGAAAAGAAGUUUCUCACUAGACUAAAAGGUAAAUUUUAUCGAGUUGCAAUCAGACAGGCAAUGCUUUAUGAGGCAGAAUGCUAG